AUGGCAUCAAUUUGGUUUAAACCCCAAUUGGCUGAUGAAAUCAUUCAAAAUUCCGAUUUUAUUGAACAAACACAAAAUAUUAUUACUGAUAUCAUAUCUGAUCGUUUGGAUAUCACAAAGAUUGUUGAAAAUAUGGCUGGAGUUUUAACUAGCAAAGAAGUUGAUAAUAGAGAAAAGGGAAUGAGAUUUUUUACAAAACUUUUAAAAGAAAUACCAAAAGAUUAUUUAACAGAAAUGCAAAUAAACUUCAUAUCAAAAUUCUAUACAGAUCGGUUGAAAGAUAAUCACAAAGUCAUACCAGCAGUUUUAGAUGGUUAUUUAGCAAUAAUUGACAUGAAAAAUUACUCUGUCCAAAAUUCUGGAGAGUUCUUCUCAACAUUGUUCAGGGAGGUCCCAUGUCAGUCACAAGUGAGACAAGACAGAUAUCAUAUUUAUUUAAUAAUACAAAAGCUACUGAAUAGAAAUGUUGAAUAUAUGAAAUCACUUGGUCCAGAUUUUGUUUAUGGAGUUAUAUCAUCUAUCGAAGGAGAGAGAGAUCCACGUAAUUUGCUCUUCCUGUUUAAUUUUAUGCCCCAUUUCCUGACAAAUAUAGCCUUGGGUCACUUAACAGAGGAGAUGUUUGAUGUGAUAUCAUGUUACUACCCAAUUGACUUCCAUCCAUCACCAAAUGAUCCUGCACCUGUAACUAGGCAGGAUUUGGCAACCGCUUUAAUACCGUGCCUUUGUGCCAUACCGGAGUUUGCUGAAUAUUGCUUAGUGCUGCUGGUAGAAAAGUUGGACUCAAGUUUGAAAGUUGCCAAACUUGACUCACUUAUGUUGUUGGCCGAGAGUUGCAAAACAUUCACGCCCGCGAGCUACCGCCCGUUUUUGAAGACGCUGUGGUCCUCCAUGCACAGAGAGAUGACAAACAAAACAGACGGCGAACUCAAGAUGGCCGCGCACGAAGCACUCUCUGCCUUGGUCGCUAAGCUGUCGACUACAGCGAAUACAGACCAGGAGUUCGAGAAUUUCGUUAAGGGCGUUCUGAUAUCCAGCCAAACGGCUUUAGCCAGUGCGACGACGGUGUCGCAGUUCGUGCAAUGUUCCAGAAUACUGCUUACGACCGCGAACGCGUCGAAGGAGUCGUGCUACAUAGUGGCCAAAUCGAUGAUACCGGCCAUCGGGGCGUACUACGAGUUCAAAACGUCACCCAAACUGCAAACGGCCAGCCUGGAAUUCCUGGCCGACCUCUACGAAUUGGCGGUGCGAUGGAACGUCGUGGCGAUGCUCGAGGCAGUGAGUGAGAUACCGCAGCUGUGCCUGUUGGCCGUCAGCCAGCCGGCGAAGGAGUACCAGAUCGCCGGCUUCAGGACCCUGGUGCGGGCGAUGGGCAGCCUGAAGAGCGAUCUUGUGGUGCCGUUCGUCGAGGUGCUGGUCCACAACGUGCAGCACUCGAACGACGGCGACCUGCUGAGGGUCAGCGUGGAAACCGUCCACGCGAUAGCGAGGAACCACCCGGAGAUCGUGAUGAGCCUCGUGGUCAAGGGCAAAUGCGACCUGGACAACCUGAUAGAGGACAAGUCCACUCUGAACAAGCGCCUAGAGCUGCUGUCCAGCUUGGCCAGUAUAGACGACUUCACUAAAGUGAUCAUCGAGGAGAUGUUGAAGAUAAUACCGAUUAACUACAACAGCGCUUUAAAGGUGGUAGAAGCUCUCAACCGUUCCAUGUCCGACUCUAGUCUGUACUCAGACGAGAAGAUCACUCAGAUCGAGAGCGACCACGCUAACACGGUCAGCAGUUUGCCGCCGCUGAAGCAGAAAAACAUACUGUCGAAGUACUCGAGUGGUCUGCAACAAAAGUGCGGAACGAACGAGCGCAUAUUCCUAAUCGUCGAGAGCUUGUACUCGUCGAUCCAACAAAGUGUAGACGUGGGCAAUGAGGACGUGAUGAGGCUGUCGCUUAAACUGUCGCUGAACGCCGAGUUUGCCGCCGUGAGGGAGAGAGCGUGCAUGCUAAUAGCGCACUUUCUCAACAAAGCCAAGUAUGGACAGAGCUUCGAGCUGCUAUACGAACUGUUGAAGGACUACCUAUCGUCUUGCAGGCGCGACGAUAUGUCGCUGUGCCCUAGGCUGAUCCAGCUGUACGGUUGGAUUACCAAAGCGCUGGUACUGAGGAGUUGUGAUCAGUUCCUGUUUUGGCUGCAGAAGAUUCUCGUCGCGAUAACGAACGAAGAGUUCAGUAAGUCCGGUGCGGACGCAAUUCGGCUGGUCGUUACGGACUUCCCCGAUCAUCUGAACGCGAGGCAGCAUUGCAGAAUAAGCCCGUUCUACAUGCAGCGAAUGUUCCAGUCGUUUUCCAGCAUAACGGGGAAAGUUGGUCCUUUGAGCCCGGAUGUGAAGGAGAGUUACCUGUUGAGUUGGGCGCACAUUUUAGGGAAGACUCCGAGAAGCAUUCUAAACAAUGAAGCUAAUCGGGUAUCGCCUUUAGUAAUUGAGGCACUGGAUUACGACAAUAAAGACUUGCUUUUGGUGAUGUUAGACGUAAUGUGUCAUUACGUUCAAGCAAAGCACGCCGCUAUUUCACAGAGCUUACAGUCCGUUUUGCCACGGCUUGUCAAACUGUCAACGUAUGUGAAAUCUAUGGACGUCCGGAUAAAGAGUCUCCAAUGUGUUCUCGAGAUAGCGAAGGCAUACCCAACUGUCCUGUUGCUGCCAUACAAGCAAGAUGUGCUCUUGGAUUUAGCGCCAUCUCUCGACGACAGGAAGCGGCUAGUUCGCAACAUGGCGGUGCAAGCGCGAACCCGCUGGUUCUUGGUUGGCGCGCCUGGCGAAGGCAAAGACAAC